GAUUCUUUUUUAAGAUCCCACCUCACGCAAGUGCGAUUGGAUUUCAUUAUAAUUUGGAAUUGGGGAAAUUGCGAAAAAUAAUUUUGCAAAAAUGGCCGAAUUAGAUGAUUUCUUUGCGAAAAAAGACAAGAAGAAGUCAAAGUCCAAGGCGAAAUUCGUUACUGCCGAUGAGCUGGUAAAGAACCUCGAAGAGGGCACAAAGCGUGAGGUGGCGGCGAAUGCUGUCAAACCAAGAAAACCUGAAGUCGCGACAGCAGCGGUGGCAGCGGCAGUGGCAUCGGCUGGCGGCGUGGCAGAAGGCGGUGAAAACGAGAGCAACACUAAAAUCGCGGAGCCCGUCAACGAACCGCCACCGCCCGUUGAGGAGGAGUGGAAAGAGUUUGAGCAAGAACAGCGCAAGGACUACAGUGGACUCAAGAUUGGCCAGUUGACGAUCAACGAAAAGCAACAGCAGCAAAUUCAACAGUCUGACGAUCUGGACGACGACGAUGAUGAGUAUAGCGAUGAUUAUGGCAACGGCGAUUCAAAUACCAAUAGCAGUGGGCAUGGCCCAUGGAAGAAGCUAAUACCUGCCGAGGAGGUGACUCAGAUACCGGUAGAGACAGAGAAGCCAUCGGCGAAAACGUACGUUCCACCCGCCUAUCGUGCAUCUGGACUUGGCAUGGGAAGCGGCAGCAGUAGUGGACUACGCGCCCGUCGCACGGCGCCCGAUAUUACGAACACCGAGUUCUUCCCCACGCUGAGCGCAGCGCGUCCGGAGGAACAGCGUAAGAAGAAAAACGAACCCGCCUUCGAAGAAGUCCGCCAUGGCGGUCGCUAUCAGCGCGUGCAGGAGACAACCGCUGCGCCCGUGGCGGCCACAAAUCGAUUCCAGUCGCUCGACGACGAAGCGGACAGCUAGACCAGACCACCAAGAUCAAUCUACUACAGUCCCACAAUCGAUCGAUCCGAUGUUGCUGCCGCCACAAACAAAUAUAUAACAACAACCGUUUUCACCCAAAAUAAUGUACUAUUUACAGUUGCCUCCCCGUGCUCAGCGAGUCUUUAGAUUAAAACAAAAAGAUAAAAAAGGUGCGCCGGCUUGAAGUUGUGAGCGUACCUGCUCGCUAAUCUUUCAAAUGAGUUCUUUCUCUUGAGACUCUCUUUGUGUAACGCAUGCAUGAUUGUCAAAACAACACUUUUUCUAGGCUUUCCGAUCUACCUUUAUUAUCUACUAUAAUAUGCCGCAACAACAAUUGUUCAUUUCGUUUGCAUUUUUUUGAAUUAUGAAGGAAUCAAUGUAAUACAUUAUGAAUAAUAGCCAUGUGUUGAAAUCCGUUUAUAAA